GAUCGUUCUCUCUCUUUUUGUCCAUUGCAACCACAGGCACAAACACACACUCCCUCCCUCCCUCUCUCUCUCUUAUCCAGAUUGUGGCAGUCGGAGAGACAAGGACAAAAACCCAACCACGAUCACAGAGAGCUACGCCACAGGUUGCUGUCCAGGAUGGCAGGGAUGAAGGAGCAGCAGAUCACGGAAGAGAAGCCCCUGCUGCUGGAGCAAAGAGGAGCGGAUGCAGACAUGCAGGAUAAAGGAGAGGAGGCAUCGGGGGGACUCCCAUGCCCCGAAAGCCCCGCGCCCCCUAAUGAACCCCCUCCCCCCCGCCGUCCCACUCACCGCUGGCAUGCCUUCGCACGGCACUGGCUCCGCCAGACCCGCCGUCGGACCAGCGGGGUCCUCCCGGAAAACCCUGAACAGCUGAUGCCCCCAGGCGACUGGAAGGAACAUGAUGUGGAGACCCCUUAUGGGAUGAUCCAUGUGGUGAUUCGAGGGGCCCCCAAGGGAAACAAGCCUGCGAUCCUCACCUACCAUGACGUGGGACUGAACCAUAAGAUGUGCUUCAACCCCUUCUUCAAUAACGAGGACAUGCAGGAGAUCACCAAGCACUUUGUGAUUUGUCAUGUUGAUGCCCCAGGACAACACGUUGGAGCUUCACAGUUCCCACAAGGGUACCAGUAUCCCACUAUGGACCAGCUGGCUGGGAUGCUGCCCACUGUUGUGCAGCAUUUUGGAUUCAAAAGCACUGUCGGGAUUGGAGUUGGAGCUGGAGCUUAUAUAUUGGCCAAGUUCGCACUGAUGUUCCCUGAUAUGGUGGAGGGUUUGGUUCUGCUCAACAUCGACCCGAACGGCAAGGGAUGGAUUGAUUGGGCUGCAUCCAAGCUGUCAGGUCUGACCAGCACUAUCCCAGACACUGUGCUGCCACAUCUUUUCAGCCAGGAGGAAAUGGUGAGCAACACAGAACUUGUUCAGAGCUACCGACAACAGAUAACCAACUCCAUCAACCACCACAACCUCCAGCUCUUCUGGAACAUGUACAACAGUCGGAGGGACCUGGAGAUGAACCGCGGUGGAACAGCGAUUAAUGCUAAGACCUUGAAGUGUCCAGUGAUGCUGGUUGUGGGAGACAACGCCCCUGCUGAAGAGGGAGUGGUUGAGUGCAACUCCAAGCUGGACCCAACCAACACCACAUUCCUAAAGAUGGCUGACUCUGGUGGACUUCCACAGCUCACACAGCCAGGAAAGCUGACUGAAGCCUUCAAGUAUUUCCUCCAGGGAAUGGGCUACAUCGCUUAUGUGAAGGAUCGGAGGUUAAGUGGAGGGCCAGUGCCCUCCGCUAGCAUGACCCGCCUAGCUCGCUCCAGGACGGCCUCACUGACCAGUGCCGGCUCUGUGGAGGGGCCCCGCUCCCGGGCCUGCACCAACUCAGACAGCGCCGAGGGGGUCGGCUCAGUCUCCCAAACCAUGGAGGUGUCCUGCUGAGGAACCACAGAGAGAAGGGAGGAAGAGGGUUAGCGGGGGGGGUGAGGGAAGAGGAGGAUCAAAAAUAAGGCUUGAAGAUAAGUGUUAGCUGACAGCUUUCUCUAUCUCUGUCUUCAUCUUUGUCUGCCAUAUUCUUCCCUGUCACUGUAAAAUACCAUCUGUACUGCUUCUAACACACCCAACAGACCUUUGAAAAUCCACCCCGGCUCCUCCUCGCCCCACACUCAAAAAUAUAAACAGCGGGUUUUGCUCUUGAAGUGUCAUUCUUGUGUUUGCUAAGUGUUCCUCAUUUAUUUGCCUGGACUCCCCCCAAAAGACACACACACAAUCACACUUAUACAAACAACCCAUUAUCCAGACACCAACGUUUAAUCAAAAAGUUGUUGUUAACUUUUGAUUUGAAGGCAAAAAUGAGAAGGAAAGCACAACUUUUUGGGGUUGCCACGAAGGUAAAAUAAAUAAAAACACAUAAAUGCAUGUGGAUUUUGGAAAGUAGUUCAUGUUACUUGUGAGAAGUUGGAAGCAUCUCUCUCUGCAGUGCUGCUAAGGACGCUGAUCUCUUGCCAUGAGUGGACAGGAUGGAACAAAAAGGUGUGUCCAGAGUUGGACAGAUGACACGACGCAGUCUUAUCGUAGCCGAGUGUACCUGUAGCUCUUAGACAUGAUGUGUUAGUUUAUUUUAGAGCCUAACUAUAGCAGCGCAUGCAAAACUAAAGCUGCACCUAGUCUAAAUUUAUAUUGAUUUAAAAUAUAACAAUGUGAUGUUGUCAUCUUCCCCAACCUGGCUCUGUCUCUUUACUUUUCCCUAAAAAAUUAAGCAGAGGCAACUUUUAUCACCUCAGAUCCAGGAAAUUAAACUCUAGUCACUUAUUUUAGUUUAAAUAGAGAAUUAGGGUGGAAGUGUUAAGAGUAGGAGUGAUUUUUAAGCAAAAUGACAAUCUGGAGCUGCGUGGUCUCAUAUAAGGUUCUGAUGUGCAGUUUCUGUAAAAUG